CAACAUUUGAAGCUUCCAAUCCAAUGAUAAUACACUGAACAUCGAAGCUCUCAACCCAUUCAUCUACGGCCUUGUUCUCACCACUUACCAAUCCUCGCUUGCACCAUUUUUACAAACUAAUACUGCUCAACUCUCAACAUGGCACAGGGGUACAGCGUCUUCGUCGGCCUCGCCAUCGUAGUGGCCCUGUCCGUCGCCGCAUGGUUCUUCUCUCCCAAGGGCGAGAACCAGACGACCUGGCGCUCCUCCCUCAUCCUCGCCUUCAUCAGCUGCUACCUCAUGUGGUUCAUCACCUUCAUGGCCCAGCUGCACCCCCUGAUCGAGCCGAGACGGUCCAAUGUCCGCGAGGGAUUCCAACACGAAUAAGCUCGAGGCCCGCGUACUUGGUAUGCGAGCGCUGUCCGCCCGCCCAACUCCUUACCUACCAAGCCAUCGCGUUCUCCGACCAGGAAAAAUACAUAUACGACGCGCAAUUGCAGCUUCCGUUGGGGGUGAAGGUCAAGGGGGAGGGGGGGAAGAAUGGGAAGGGUUAUGGAACAUUGUUACAUGUGUAAGAGCUAGGAAGACAGGGAGUGGGAGUGGACGCGAUAACACGGGAUAGCCUUUUGGAGAAAGGCGAAAGAUGGCAUAAUCCUACUGCUGCUGCUACUACUACUGCGAUUGAAGGAGAGAGAGAGAGAGAGCUCGCCGGAGCCGGACAGCACGGGGCGGGACUCGACUGUACAAAUAUCUACUUACUUACCCCAUUGUUCUAACAUGGCUUCAUUGGGCGUUCGGGAGAGACGGGAAAUAUACAAUGCUGUUUUAAAUAAGAAAAGCUGCGCGAAUGUAUGUAUGUAUGUAUGUAUAACGGGUGUGCAAUGGACAUUCAAACAUCGAGAAAGUCACGUUGGGAGGCUCAAUUUUAUGGAUGAAUGCACUUUA